AUGGAAGAGAAUAAGUGCCAGCAAAGACUAUUUCGAACAGAUCUGCCUAUAGAAUUAAUUAUCCAUAUAUUGCAAUUUUUACCAUUAUCUUCAAAAUACAGAGCAUCUAUGGUUUGUCAUAGUAUGUAUAAUGUAUUUUAUGAUCCAGAACUUUGGCGUCAGUACGAACUGUUCAUAGAAGGCGAUAAAGAUACACCCAUGUAUAGUGACUAUAUGAUCAUGAAAGCAAAAAAGGCAAAGAUACUUAUAUCAAAGUUUGGUAAAUAUUUUAAGAUUUUAAUAAUAAAUCUUCAUGGCCAUCUUAAAGGCAUGCGUAAAGAUUGGCAUCCAGUAUUAUUAAAGCUCAGUAAUCAAUGCUCACUUGAAAAGCUGAUUUUGAAAGUUGGCACAUUUUCGCCGGGAUGUGAAAGUUUGCGUAAAAUAAUACCAAGACCACCUAAAGAAGAUAUGAUUGCAUUAUUAUCCCUUAUUAGAAAUGCUGAGAGAAUAAAGCAGCUGGAUAUACAAUGUUGGCCAUUCCUUCCAGAUUAUCCUGAGGACCAAGACAUUAUAAAAGUUAUAGUCAGAAACCCAACAUUUCAUCGAUUAGAGCAUCUUAGUAUCCUCUGGCCCGAAUCCAGGCAGAUGUUAUCAGUUUACCAACCGACUCUGCCAAACAAAAGAAUGGUUUUACAAUUAGUAAGCCACUUGAAGAACUUAAAAAGCUUAGGACUUAGAUCGACAAUGUUGUCUAAUGAUCUUUUGAAAGAGUUUGCACACUGCGAGCGAGUUGACAAGAUACAGUUAAUGAAAAUAUACGUUACACAUGGCAAAAGUAAUCCACAAUUCCACAUUCCAUUUAUCGAUCCGUCGUCAAGGAAACGCCUAACUGAUAUCAAUCCGAAUUUCUCUGUGAAUUGCUGGGUAAUACCCAGAGUACAAGUAGCUGUCUUAAGUAACAUGUUGACAUUUGACUGUCCACUUUCAAGAGUUGUCUUUCUUGAAUGGUCCAGAGUAAAUGAUCUAAUUCUUGAAUCAAUCACCACCAAGUACAGUAAAACCUUGAAAAGGUUUGAACUGUAAUGCGGAUUGAAAAACUAUGACAGCUCCUUGAUAAGGAUGGUAGAAGAAUGCAAAUCACUGAAACAUCUAGUUAUAAAAUCAUGUACAUGGUAUUGUUUACACUACAGAACAGUCAUAGAAUUAGCCUUAUCACGAGGAAGUGGAUGGAAAACAUUUCAAAUUGACGAGAAAAAUAUUUCGCUUGUUGACCUGAUCGAUCAUGCGGAAAAUGAAGAAAUGGUGGCUCAUAUAGAAAACAAUUUAGAAAGAAUUGCAAUAGAUCCAGAAAAUGAUGAUAGGGAGAUGAAACGAAUGGAACUGAAAGAGUCUUUAGCAGCCAUACUAGGUUCAGAGUUUGUUGACAGACGCAAAGCAUUAAUUAUCUACAGAAAUAAAGACGGAGUGC